CAACAAAAACAAGCUUGAAUCAACAGUUUUCCUUGAUUUUUCCUAAAAUUAAAGGAUUUUAAUUAAAUUUUAACUCAAAAAUCAAAGAAAAGUUAAAUUUUUAAACAAAUUUCGUUAAAAACUUGACAGAAAAUUAUUGAAAUACGAUAAAAAUCGAAAAAGCCGAAAUCGUUUGAGCUACAUUUACAAGGAUUUUGACUAUUUUUGGAACAAUUUGCUAUAAAAUCGCAUAAAAAUGCCGACUUGGACACAAAUUGAGAGUAUGUUACGACAUCCAGACAAUCCAGUAGUAUUCAUGGACAUCACAGUAGGAACUGCUGAAAUCGGUCGAAUUCUGUUCGAAUUAUUUGCUGAUGUCGCUCCAAAAACCUCAGAGAACUUCCGGCAAUUUUGUACGGGCGAAUAUCGCAAAGACGGCAUUCCCUACGGGUAUAAAGGGGCUUCAAUUCAUCGUGUCAUCAAAGAUUUCAUGGUUCAAGGAGGCGAUUUUGUGAAUGGAGAUGGAACCGGAGUUUGUUCAAUUUUUGGCACAAGUACGUUCGCUGAUGAGAAUUUCAUAUUGAAGCAUGACGCCGCGGGCUUACUUUCCAUGGCAAACAGCGGAAAAGACACCAACGGAUGUCAAUUUUUCAUUACCUGCGCCAAAUGUAACUUUUUGGACAACAAACAUGUCGUUUUUGGGCGCGUCUUGGAUGGCUUACUUGUGAUGCGAAAGAUCGAAAAUGUACCCACAGGUCCAAAUAACAAGCCAAAACUGCCAGUUGUAAUAUCGCAAUGUGGACAAAUGUAGAAAAUAAUUUUUUUCAAUAUUACUAAACAUGUAUUUUAAUCGGUUCUUACGUUUU